AUUACAUCAAAAUGGAAAUAUUUAUGAGCUUAUACUUCCUUAAUUGCACCUAUUAUUUAAGAUUAGUGGGAUCCAUCAAAUACAAAAAUAUAUUUUAUAUAAUGUAUAGUCUAAUAUACAAUACAAGGUGCAAGGAAAGGGAAAAAAAUUAACCACAUAUUUUUGAGGUUAUAAGAACGAAAAAAUCGUAUACAAAUUUAAGUCAAUUCUGCCAAAAAAAAACUUUUUUGUUUUUUUUUUUUACUUUUUGUGUUUUUAAUAGUACAUUACGAUACAAAAUAGGAAAUUCGACCGAAGGGAGUUUUUUAAAUCGACACAAGUUGCGAAUUGAAUCAUUGCAAAAAAAUAUUAGUUCUUACAACAUUCAAUUUUAAUAUUAUUAUUGAGCACUGGCUGAAUCUUGAGUAAGCAUGUAAACAAAAUAAUUACCAGCAAUUUUGCAUCUGUCAAAAAAGUCAAAUUGACAACUUUCAAUAAACUUGCAAAGUGCUUAGUUUAGUAUUGAAUACAAAUAAAGCUCAAUGCCGGAAGAAAAAGGUGAGAAGGGUGAAGAUGAGGACACUAUUGGAAUAUACGUAGGCCAACGUAACCAAGACGGUGACCGGCACGGCGAGGGCUGGGCCGUGCUGCCCAACGGGGACUUCUACACCGGCUGCUACUGCCGCGGCCAGCGGAACGGCAAAGGCCUGUACGUGUUCAAGAACGGAGCGCGGUACGAAGGCGAAUGGCGUCGAGCGAUGAAAUACGGUGUCGGCACAAUGACUUACCCUGACGGAUCGCGGUACGAGGGCGACUGGCGGCACGACCAGAAACAAGGCUUCGGUGCCUACUACUAUCCCAACGGAGACAUAUACGAGGGUGCGUGGUUCAAAGGGAAACGCCACGGGCUCGGCACCUACUUGUUCAAUGAAUACCAAGUCAAAUUCAUGGGCACUUGGGUUGAGGGUCGAAUGGAGGGACCUGGGCAGAUCUUGUACCCUCGUGUACGCUUCCACGGUUCCUGGUACAAGGGCGUACCCAGGGGCCCGGGCUGCUUCGUUUUCGACACUAACUGUAUGCAGCACGGGUUCUAUUUGCUGAUCAAGGAUCCGGCGCUGGAAGAGUUAGGUGAAGGCGAGGAGGAAAAGGAGGAGAAAGUGGAUAAAGAAGAACCGAUGGGGGAAGAGGAAGAGAUGGAAUUUGACGAAACCAAAGGCAAAAUAGCAGUGUGGCGGGCUCGCAACGUGACGGCCUACAUGUCCGAAUUCCUGCCGCCGGAGCCGGUGCCUCUGCCCGUGCACGACUCCAUCCCUUCGCUGACGGACGAGAGCGUGGAGACCGACGUGCUGCGCUUCGAGCCGCCGCCGGUGCACGCGGAGCACGAGGGCGACGACGGCGACUCCUGGCUGCUGCACCGCAAGCAAUUCCUCGAGGAGGCGCAGCCCAAGGAAUAGAUGCUUUGACAAUAAAUCUUAUAAUAAUGUUCUUGAA